UCAUUUUGUGCACAAGCCCUAGGAAUUACGCCUGGAAUGCGCCGUAAAUCCCCCGCGCCACAUCAUCAAGCGAGGGUUUCAGAACGUAUCUCCUGGUAUUUUCCCUCCAUUCCCUUUCUUUCGUCACACUUGGUGUGCUGCCGAUGUUGAGCUACAACAUCUCGAUGCUGGUCCUAGUUCUUCUCUGCUGGAAUAUUAAGGAGCCAUGCAGCACACACGCAGGUCGGACGCUUGCAACGAAGCAGUCGGCGGAGCGCUGCGCGUAUGUAUAUAUCAGCGGUCGAAGGCCCGGUCGACGCCGGAGCUCUCCUUCUUGUCCAUUCAUACCCAUUGAUCCUUUCCUGCCAAAGAUCUAUGCACUUUCUCGUCCGUCGACCUUGAGUGGCAUCGACCGAUGUUCAAGAAAUGAGGGCUACAGGUAUCGCACGUGCCACAGCCGCAGUGGCAUCCACCACUGCGCUUCUCGCUCCUGCCGUGGUUGCCUGUGCAGUUAGCGUCGACAAUGACUUCUCCGUUGACUCAUUCAUGCCGCCCCUCCUCGCCUCGCCAAUACCAAUGCCUCGUCUGUCCUCGGAGUGACAACUGUAUCCGGGAAUACCUGGGCCAGCCAAUCGCAAGUAUAUGUGCAACGACACCUCAAACUGGCAUUGAAUGCAACCCGCAAGUCAGCUGCGGG